AUGGGGAGGAAGGACGAUAGACGAAGUCGCAGUAAAAGCCACGAGAAUAAGUGGCGAUCUGAAAGGGAAGAAUCCACUCGUGAAGAUGGAGAGGAAAAUCAGGAGCCCGGUUACUUGGGUAGUCUCUCACUAGAGGAACGCAUGGAGUUGGAAAAGAAAAAGGAUGAGGCUGGACAGAAACAGUACGCCAAGGCUUUCAUCGAGAAGGAAAAGAGAGACCAGUGGGAGCAAAACCAAAAAUGGCAGGAGCGGCGCAACCACAGGGCUGUCGUCGCUGCUAGUGCUAAAGAGGAACGUGUGAUGAGGGAGAACUACGUCAUUUUCACCGGGGAAAAGGGAGAGGAAAACUACGUUGAGGGGGAAGAGGCAGGGUGGUACUACUGUCGUCUUUGUAAGAAGAAGUCGGCCACUUUUGAGAUGCUCGAGAUUCAUAUUGGCUCUAAGGUGCUGAUCUGUGCUCAGCCUUUCCUGCGUUAUAUCGUGAUCCUAGCAGGACCACGCGAAGCGAGUCAGCUGCCCUGA